AUGUCUUUCCCCACCAGUCAGACACCAGCGAUCACGCCACUCCAGACGUUGGAAGAGAAAGGCGCACAGAUAGGAGAGGACUGGAGAGAUGGAGAGGAUGAGGUAGCAGUGCGGUCCAUGGUAUUGUCUCCAAAUGGCAAGACAAUUGCAAUUGGAUGCCAUGACGGGAAAGUGAGGUUAUGGGACGUCGAGACGAAGGAAGUUAUUGCCAAAUGGAUAGGACACAGAGAUGUUGUGUGUACAUUGUCCUGGAGUCCAGAUGGUAAACGAGUGCUGAGCGGAUCCUGGGAUGGGAUGGUAAGAGUCUGGGAUGUCAAAAGUGGCGAAACUGUCGAAACUGUCCUGACAAUCAAAACCGGGCACCAGUGGGUGAACGCGGUGGUAUACUCACCCGAUGCAACAAAAAUUGCAACCGGUGGAGACGAGGAUGCAAUACAAAUCUGGGAUGCCAAGACGGGCGGACUGCUUAACACGCUCAAACAUGAUAUUCAAGUUUGGAGCUUGGCAUGGACGUCGGAUGGAAAGCUUAUAUCGGGUUCAUUCGGCCAGAUUAGGAUAUUUGACACGGCCACUUGGCAGCAGAUCGCCAUUCUGGAGGGUCAUACAGACUUCGUCAACGCAAUCUCCGUAUCUCAGAAUCAACGAUUCCUUGCAAGCACAUCGCUCGAUAAAACAGCACGUCUGUGGAAUCUCAACACCGGCCUCUCAGUCAAUCCACCCCUCCAGCAUGAAGAUUGGGUGCGCUGCACAGCCAUUUCUGCUGAUGGAAAGCUGCUAGUCACUGGUUCCGAAAAUGCAGACGCGUACACAUGGGAUAUUCACGCCAUCUUCAAAAAAGCUGGCCUUGAAGACCUCUUCCUACCUUUAUCUGAUGCGGAUGCUCCUCGCCCUCUUGCACCCUCUUUGGGGACUGCAAGAAAAGUAUUCGGUCGCCUUUCGUCGCCUUUCCACCGCUCUCACUCCGACACUAAUAACUUGACUGAAGCACAACCCUCAACACCUUCGGGGGUUGCAGUUCAAGAGGUUGCAGUUCAAGAGUCAUUCAUGGAUGCGGAUGCUACACAGGCCAUGGACGAUGAACUUCCGCCAGGCUUUUUCGACGACGUGACAAAUGGUGCUUAUCCCUCCGGAACGUACGGUAACUAUCACCCUUCCUCCUCCCGCCAUCCCCGCCUUCUUGCACUCUCUUUGGGGAGUGCAAGAGCAUUAUUCGAUCGCCUUUCGUCGCCUUGCCACCGCUCUCACUCCGACACUAAUAACUUAACUGAAGCACAACCCUCAACACCUUCGGGAUUACAUCCGCGUGCGCUUUUCGCUAGUCUGUCCUCACUCACUCGCCACUCUCUACGUGAAAACAAUGCACCAAAUGAACUUCAGCAAUCCUCCCCGCCUUUGCGAUUACAUCCACAUAUGCCUCUCGCUAGCUUGUCCUCACUUUGGCCACAAUCUCGACUCAACAAUGAUGGAGAAAUCGAACCUCACCACACAACGCCUUCGGGAUUACGUCCAGAUACACUCAUCGAUUCCCUGUCCUCACUCUUCCGCUCUCAACCUCACACCAAUGAAGAAAUCGAACUCCCGCAACGCUCAAGGCGACCUCGUGUUGUCGAAGUAGCUGCAGUGCGAGACAGGGAGGUUAUAUUUACUGCCCCGCCGCCACUAGAAAGAACACAGCAGCAAACCCAAUCGCACGCCCAGGAGUCGUUCACGACACAGCAAGCUGCAGGUACUAAUUCUGAUACACCACGUCCAAGACAUCCCCAUUCACUACCCGUCCGGUUGUUGUGUGAUCUCGUGCUUUUUCUCUGCUGCGCAUCUCCUCGACACGCCAAUACAAAUGCACAACCAGCACUGCAGCAGCAAGGCCAACCGCAAGGCCAAGGCCAAGCCCAGGCAUCAUCAUCGCAAACUCAGCCUGCCACCCCCUCGGCAUCCACGACACCACCUGCUCCUGCUACUAGUACUGUUGCAUCAGGUGCAACGACCGUGCAUUCACGACCUCUUCCACUGCGAGCUCGCUUCGUGCUGUUUCUUUGUUGUGCAUCUCCCCCACAUGCCGAUGGUCAUUAA